AUGGCAUUCAUUGUUUUGGCCACGAUUUUGGUAUUGUCCCAGGGGAUCCAGUGCCAGGAUAGUAUAUCCUCGGCUCCACUAAAAAAGCUAAACGCUGUCGUCACCUCUCGCUUGAAGGAGCGCCUUAAGGAAGCCUCAGCUGCCGAUUUUGCCGGCCACUACGAAAGACUUCAACAAGCUGCCGAUCUUCCGAUCUUCCAGCUGGACGAAAAAAUAAUGGCUUAUAAUGAGCUCAAUCAUCUCCAGCGAACUGACGCCUCCUCGGGCUCAACCAGCGAGCCAGCGGUCCGGAAUGAGACGGAUGGAGCAGUCUUGCGACAGAACAUGGAAUUCACCAUGUUCGAAAGGAGAAUUCUGCGACUCCUUCGAAGGCUUGGCAUUUACGAUAGGUUCACUGCCCGCGUAUUCAACGCCAUCUUCAGCGAUGAAAUGCAGCUGCGAAAGCUGAAGAAGAAGCUGGACGAGUUGGGAAAGGAGGAUAAGGACAAGGAUAACGACAAGGACGUAUUGUGGGGCCAUGUCUUCGAAUUGUUUUGA